AUGGACGGUUGUUUUCUUUUCGUUAUGUUCAUCAUGAAACUGUGUGAUGCUAAUAAACAAGUGAUUCAGAUACCCAUUAGGACCUCCAGUAAGCCAUUGGGACGCUUGGAUUUGUUGGAAUGUGCAGUGCUUGAGCCCACCGAAUAUGAUAAGCACGCAGUCAAAGGUUUAUGUCCGCCUCAGCCGACGAAGAUUCUAAAGACAUUUGGAAUUAAACUGAAGAAAUUAUAUUUUGGAAAAUUUCCUUGGUUGAUGAGGAAAGACAAGAAGGAAAGGAAAGACUGGUUGAUGAAAAAAAGAUUCAUAAUGAAAGCAGUAUUUUUGGGAAAACAAUCGUUUUAUCAAUUGCGGUUGCAAAAUGUUGAUUUCGAUUUUGAGCUGAUUGAAGGAUUAUUUUUAAUAUUAGAAUGUCCAAUAAAGAGAAAAAAAAAGAAACCAAACAUUAAAUGGUACCUGGAUGGCUCACCAAUAAUUACUGAUUCACGGUUAUCUUGGAGGGUCAAGCUCACACCACUGAAAUAUCUUCAGAUUUGGCCGCUAAUGGUAACCCGAGAUGACGGACGAUAUGAAUGUUUUGUUGAUGGCAAAUCACAUGGUUCUGUCACUCUACAUGUCAUUACUGUAGCAGAAGGACUUACCCGAGGCACGAUUAAUUAUUUCAUAACAAUGAUGCUCUCCAUACCAUUCGUUGCAUUUGCAAUUUUCUAUCGUUUGUUGCAUCCACAGCGUGAAACAAUAAUGCUGGAUAGCUCUGUGACUGAUUUUUACGAGAAGAUUCUGGAUCUUACAACAAAGGAGAUGAAGAGUCAUAUUACUAAAACAAUUUAUAAAGAUCAGGCGGAAAUUAAGCAAAAAGAGAUAGAAUCUAGCUAUUCAUACAAGGAAACUUUGAAUGGGGGAAGUAUACGAAAUAAUCGUGAUGUGGUAAUCACGAUUUUGAAUGUGGCUGAAAUAGAUCAACACAAAAAUUGCGGUAUGAAUGAAAAGAAAACGAAACCCAGGCUGCUAAAUCACUUGAAAUUGUGA